AUGGCAGCGGUGGACAGCGAGGCGGCCGAGCCAGAGUUGCCGUCGUGCACUGGCUGCCGCAGGCGGAAGCUGAGGUGCUCCCGCCAGACGCCCGCGUGCUCCAACUGCGAGCGUCUUCAGGUUGCCUGCUCCUACGAUGGCCAAAGGAACAAGCCGGGGCUCAAAGGUGGUGUCGUCGACAGCCUUAGCCAACGUCUUGCGCGGCGCUCUACAGGCUACCUGGAGCAACUGUUCACUGUAGAAGGCUUCCCAUCAUUUCCCGAGCAUGUACUUGUCGACUUGAUGCGAGACAUGGUCGACGCGUACUUUGUGCGCAUCCACAUAUGGGUGCCAAUGCUCCACGAGCUGGCCAUUCGCUCUGCUUUAGAUGAUGCAGAAAAGCGUGAGACACUCAUGGUUGUCUUGCGCGCCAUGACGAUGGCCUCGCUACGAUUCCUCUGCAUAGGAGGACGUCGCCCCAGCACAGAGUAUGUCGAUGCACUGGUGAAAAAACUCAAGCGCGAAGUGCUGCUGGCAGCCAUGGCUGGUCUCCAAAUUGAGAAUGUACAGGCAUUGAUCAUCUUAGCAUUCAUGGAGAUUGGCGAUGGGAAUAUGGCCGCAGCUUGGCCACUGAUAGGGUCGUUGACCAGAACCGUCGAGUACUUGGGACUUUCCGUCGAAAGCGACGACCGUCCUGACCGUCCUGCAUUGGUACCGACCAUAGCAGCUUUGCCUGCGACUCAGAAUUGGCUAGACGAGGAAGAGAGGCGAAGAGUAUUCUGGAAUGUCUUCAUUCUUGACAGAUGGAAUACGAGUCUGACUGCUUCCGACGUAUCCCGCCGUCUUCCAGUUGAUGGGGGCAACUGGUUCCACAACAAGCCUGCGGAGACGCCAUACUUCGGCAUCUGGGACCGCUCGGCGGCCACGAUCAGAACCCCGACGGCUCCCCUUCCGACUCACCACGAGAGUCCGGUUCGUAAGACUAGGUCCACCGCAGCCAGGCGGCCUGCUUUGAUGGAUUCUCGGCGGUGGGAUGGUCACGGUGGUGACAGUAUGACCAACGUCGGCGCCUUCGGGUAUUACAUCGAGUCCAUCGAGUCGCUGAGCCAAGUCACGUCGGGUUUCCUUCAGGAGAGCAUCAGUUCGCGCAAUCCGAGCGAGCUUUCCAGUUGGUUGACGCGUUUCAAGGAAAUCGACCUUCGACUGGUACAGUGGAAGAUGCAUCUGCCCAACCAGUGGAAAGAUUCUGGCAUGUCCCGAGGGAACAUGCCUGGUGUCAUGGAUCCUAACAUGACCAUCGCGAACGCCAACCACAACAUAUCUAUGAUCCUGCUUCAUCAAAUGAUUGCAUAUCCUAGCGCUGACGUGCGCUAUCUGCGUCUCCCGAGCCAGCUCAGUGCAGAGACUUGCUUGGAUGCGGCGCUCGAGACAACCUCAAUCAUUCAGCAAUAUCUGCGCGGGCUGGGGCCCAACCGACCCGUGUCACCGCAGAUGGGUAUUUGCGCGUUCGUGAGCGCGAAACUUCUUUUAGGUGCGACCGAGGAUUCCCGCCGACUUGUCCAUGUGUACUCUACUGACAAACGUCAAACUGCGUGCGAAACAGUCCACCACCAGUACUACAAGAUACGGCUCCAAGACCAGUUUAUGUUGAUUGUGGAGGCGUUGGAACAGAUGCACGGCCACUGGAGAGCCAUGUUCGACGAGGCUGCAGGCGAGCCACUUGACCAAAGGCCACAGCCGUCUUUUUUCUCACAGCUGGCACAGCAGCUGCUCAUGCUGCAAAGGGACAUGUACAACAAUCCUGACCGCCAGAUGAGCAUGACAGGAUCCAGCGCCGAGCUCACACCUUCUGUAUUGCCGCAGCCGCCACAUCUGGUACCCACGCUUGGCCACCAAGCGCAGGAGCAGGAUCCCUCAAACUCACAAGAACAGUUUCGCUCUGAGGCUCCACAGGCUGGUAAGGGUGCGAAUGGUAAAACAAUUGCGAGCAAUGGUGUUGAGCACGAGCCGCAUAACGUUGCCCAAUUCUCGGCCUUUUCCGACAUGCUGAUGGACAAUGACUUUUUGGACAUGGACAGAAUCAUUAGUUUCGAGGAUAUGAUGUACCCAGCCAAUCUCGGUAACAACUAG